AUGGCAGGCUUCAGUGCGAAUCGGUUCAGCCUAUUAGGCGACACCGAUGGAGACGAUGUUCCCACACCGUCGCAGUCAUCGGUACCUGCAGCCACGUCAGCACCGGAGACGAAGCACAAGGCAGGCAAGACGGCAGGCACCACUGGCACUUCUGCCGUAGGAGGAGCCGCAAAAUCUGCUGCUGAACCCCGCCGUAUUCCUGGCAUCGGCGCAAAGACACCCAACGCUCAAUCUGGCAAGGGUCCACGGAGGACGGCUGCAGAGGAAUCUGGCAAUGCUGCCGGAGACUCUCUCGAUGCAAAAGACGAGCGUGCUGCAUCUCGAGCAAAGAGCGAACGCGGUGGUCGUGGUCGCGGCGGACGAGGCCGAGGUGGUCGUGGCAAGCCCUUUGACCGUCACUCCAACACUGGCAUAACAGAUAGCGCUAAGCAAGAGCACCAGGGUUGGGGAGGCGAUGACGGCAAACGUGAGCUCGAGGCAGAGAACGCCGGCGCGCUCGAUGCAGUCAAUGCGGCAGACGGCGCGAAUGCCCAGCCCAAUGCCGAGGAUCACUCUCAGCGAGAGACGCUCAUCGAUCAGUCCAACGUUGCUGAUCCCAAGGGCCCCGUCAGCGCGGAUGCUGCGCCCAAGGUAGAAGAGGAAGUGGACAACUCGAAGACGUACGACGAAUACCUCGCCGAAAAGGCCGGCAAGACGCUCGGAUUCGAACUGCCAAAGGCUAGACAGGCAAACGAAGGAUCAGAUGACUCUCAAUGGAAAGACGCAAAGGUUGCCGAACGCAAGGCAUUGAUUGAUGACCAUGAAUACUUUGGCGCAAAGGAGCAGAAAGCGAGACAGCGCAAGCAAAAAGAAGGCAAGACCUUCCUCGACGUCGAUCUCAGACACGCUCCCGUCGAUUCUGGCAAUCGUGGUGGAGAUCGUGGCCGUGGUGCUCGUGGCGGCCGUGGGAGAGGUGCCCGUGGCGCGCCAAGAGGACGUGGAGCAGAGAAUGGUACCUCGUCUCGUGGAGGACGUGGCGGUGCUCGUUCAGUCAACACCGAAGACGCUACAGCUUUCCCCUCUCUGGGAGCGAGCUCAUAG